UUUAGGAAACACGACACUAUAUUUAGUCAGAGAGAUUCGAUAGUAUCAGAUAAUGUUACAAAACCCUAAAUCAAGAGGAAAUCCCCAGCCACAGAGCAGUCCUGUUCCUGCGAGGGGCCGACCCUACCAAAACCAACACCUUAAAGCAGGAAACACCAACGCAACUUAGGCACAGCAAUGGGGUGAAGUCUUCUACACCCCCCCCACAUCCCAACCCGACAGGCUUUGGAGCUGCUGGCGCUGGAGCAGCCCUUGCUGCGAGCUCAGCGCCCGGGGGCCGGGGCUGGUUUCCCUGCCGCACCCGUGUUUAAAGCCUUUGCUCCGCAGCGCUGCGGUGACCCCCCUGCCUGCCCCUGCGCGUCGGGGGGCGGGUUCCCCUCGCUGAGGAAUCGAGAGCAGCCGCCACAGACAGAGGGAGGGCGGCUGCGGCGCAGGGACGGGCCCAGCUCCGAGUGACUCGAGGCCCGUUUAUCGGCUCCGUUGCACAACCCGGCGCAGCGGGAUGACGGCGGGACCUGCGUAACUUCACCACAAGGCUUUACAGCACCGCCUCCACGCGGCGCCACCCGCGGCUCGCCAGGUCAGCAGCGGGGACACAACCAGUGCCACCGGGAGGUCCCGACCUCCCGGCCCAGUGCACCGGGAUGAGCGGGCGAGGACGCUGCCCGUGGCUGCGCUCUGGAGGUUCACAGAUGCCCCGCGGCCCCGCUCCCACAGCCCACAGGCCACCACGGAGCCGCCGCCCAGGCCCGGCGCGGUCUGCACCGACUGAUCGGCCGCGGCACGUUCCGGGCCGGCUGCCGCCGCUACCGGGGAGAAGCAUCCCGGCGUGCCCCGCUCUGACACCAGGCAGCGCGGGGUGUGCGUGGCUCCGGGGGCCCCCUGCCGGCCGAGCGGACACCCAGCAUCCCGCCGGGACCGGCCCGACGCGGCCAUCACACAUCCUGGAGCGGAGAAGCCAGCGGCGUCCCGGAGGGGCGACUUCAGAGAUCAGCCUCUGCAAGAGGCAGUGGUUGGAACCGGAGGCAGCACAACCCAGAGCUCGGCAGCAGAUACCGGCUGCAGGAGGCCGAGACACAGCGGGCGGCGCCCGAACAGCCCCGAUGGUGGAAGCGGCAACUGCGGGGCAGAACUGGGCGGGUUCUCCGGGGCGCGUUGCAGCCAAGCACGUACCGGCAGGCGCUGGGCUGGGGCUGGCCGAGAGCGCUGCAUGGGCCUGUUGCCCCGGUGACACCGACACCCGGAGCAGGGCGGGGCGGGCCCACACGGCGCCGGCGCGGCGGUGACAGCUCCGGCCGCGGCCGCACUCCCGGCCCUGAACCGGCUGGACACCGCCCCCACCCUCGAUGUGGCCAAUCAGAGGCGCUCGUUCCGGAUUGGCAGGAGGUGAGCCAAACAGCACAGCGCGUUCUGCCACGCCCGCAUGACUGACACCGGGGAGGUCCAAUCAGCUGGCGGGUGGGCGGUGCUUGCUGACUCGCCGCUCGGCGGCCGAAUGUUGCCGCUGUCCGCGGCGCCGGUGGCGGAGGAGAUGGCGGCGCCGGGAGACACCGGUGGGGCCGGCGCGGGGUUGGGGUCGGGGCCAGGAUCGGGGUCGGGGUCGGGGCGGCCGCCGCCCGGGGACCUGCGGAGCGUGCUCAUCACCAGCGUGCUGAACCUGGAGCGCCUGGAGCUCGACCUCUUCAGGGGCCGGCACCACUGGGUGCCCGCCACGCAGCGCCUCUUCGGCGGGCAGAUCGUGGGGCAGGCCCUGGUGGCGGCCGCCCGCUCCGUCAGCCGCGACGAGCAGGUCCACUCGCUGCACUGCUACUUCGUGCGGGCAGGGGACCCCAAGGUGCCGGUGCUGUACGAGGUGGAGCGGACCCGCACCGGGAAGAGCUUCUCUGCUCGUUCCGUGAAGGCCAUCCAGCACGGAAAGCCCAUCUUCACCUGCCAGGCCUCCUUCCAGCUCUCCCAGGGGAGCCCAGUGCAGCACCAGUUCACCAUGCCUGCCGUGCCCCCCCCUGAGGAGCUGCUGACGCAAGAGGAGCUCAUCCAGAAGUUCCUGCAGAAUCCGAACUUGGCAGAGAGAUACAGAAAGCACCUCACCAAGAUUCAAGCUGAAGAUGUGCCGAUUGACAUCAAACCCGUGAACCCGCCAGACACGUUCUGCUUGGAGCCGCAGGAGCCAAAGCAGUUCUUCUGGGUGCGAGCACGAGGUUACAUAGGAGAGACUGACAUGAAGGUGCACUGCUGCGUGGCUGCCUACAUCUCCGACUACGCCUUCCUGGGCACAGCCCUGCUCCCACACUGGCAGUACCACAUCAAGUUCAUGGUGUCCCUCGACCAUUCCAUGUGGUUCCAUGCGCCCUUCCGAGCAGACCACUGGAUGCUGUACGAGUGCGAGAGCCCGUGGGCUGGCGGGUGCCGGGCCCUCGUGCAGGGCCGGCUGUGGCGCAGGGACGGAGUCCUGGCUGUCACCUGCGCCCAGGAGGGAGUCAUCAGGGUGCAGGAAAUGCCAAACCAGAGCAAGCUCUAGCUGAGGAGCCCCACGUGCUGGGGCUUGGGCAUGCUGAGAGGGGGACCUCGGGACCAAAACAGAUGCGGCAAAGCAGGACCCAAGCAGCGGGAAGGAGCUCUGAAGCACGGGCUGGAUACAGCACCAUGGGAACGCUGGUGCUUGGGGCUCUCUGCGAUGGAUGGGGUCCCACAGAGGCGUCUGCUGUCACCAACUUCACGGCACAGAACUGUGCUAUACGAUCAGCACCUUUUACCUGCAAUAAAUACAGCUGUUGAUGAACAGCUCA